AUGGUCGACCGCGUCGCGCGGGACUGGACGCUCCGAGCCUACGACGGUGUCGGUGCAAUAUGGGACACCUACCCCCGCCGCUGCCCCGUGACGUCGCAGUUGCUCGCCGGCGCCAACACGAAGUGGAUCCUGGUGCCGAAAGCGAUCGACGGCGUCCCGGUCCGGUGGCUCAACUCGCACUACCUGAACGUGGAGCCGCUCGUCGCGAGGACGUAUGGGGACGUGCCGCCAUCACUCCCCUUCUCGCAUUACCGAUUCGCGGAGCGCGCGAGACGAUUUGGGAGGUCCGAUCGCCUCGCGAAGCACCUGCACAAGGUCAUCGACACUUCCGGCCCGGUCCCACGGCUGGCAGACGCUGCCGUGUCCCACUUGGAAUGCGGGGCGGCGUGUCCGAGCUCAUAG